AUGGCUGGCCGCAAGACAUUGUUGGCUCCGAUUCACUUCAUUUUCAGUCUCCUGCAGAAACGCAGCACUGUUUCAGUCUGGCUCUAUGAGCAGCUCGCUUUCCGGAUAGAGGGGAAGAUCCGUGGCUUUGAUGAAUUCAUGAACCUGGUCAUUGAUGAUGCUGUUGAAGUACGCCUGGCAACUAAGACAGAGGAAGAGAAGCGCAGGCCGCUCGGCCAGAUCCUCCUCAAGGGAGACAAUGUCUCUCUGAUUCAGGCUGUUUGA